AUUGCUUCCUUUCGUCGAUAACUAGGCGACAUUAAUAUGUACUGGGUAUACUUCUGAACCGAAUCAAGUUAUUUGCCCAACACAAUCAUAAAAUUUAUUUAAACAAUUAAUGUGUGGUUUUGUUGAUUCAGUACAAACUUAAAGAGAUUAUAUCAAAGGACAUUAUAUCUUGGUGAAAAAUGACCCAUCAAGGAAUUUAUAAUUACUUUUCCAAAAUUAAUUCCAUAUCAGAAAAAAUUUCUGAUGAUAUAAACAGUGUGAAAUCCACUUAUAGUAAAGAUGACUGGAUUAAUUUAAGUUGGGUUGAACAAGAAAAAAUAUUGAACAAACAUUUAAUAAAUCGAGAAAUUUAUAUUAAAUAUUUUAAAACUGAACUGUGUUCACCCUUACAAACUAUUCCUAAGAAGAUACCAAAAAAAAAUCAUAUUUUCUGGAAAAAUAAUGAUUCUACAUAUUAUUAUAACGGACAAGAUUUACGAACAUAUGUUAAGCAGAAUGUUGGCCUUAAAGAACUACAUGAUGAAAUUAUUGAAAAUUGUCGUGAUGAACAUUCUUUUCCAUUUAGCUAUAGAACUGAGUCGCAGAUAAACAUGCCAGCCAUAAUUUGUGGUGCCGGCAUCUUUACUGAACCGUCCAAAAGCAGUUCAGUAACAAUUAAAAUUAAUGAUAGCCGAAAUAAAAUAAACGAUGCAUAUAAUCUUCAAAAAGAAAAUUUUAAAAUGGAAAACUGUAAUGGAUCUCUUCAUUCAUUAUCUAAAUCACAUCAUUUUACAUUUCCUUCCCAACGUUUAAGUAUAGAUGACUGGUCUGAUGAUGAAAGCGUGUUGAAAAAUACCUGUCAAGAUGAAAAUGUUAAGCUUUUAACUAGGGAAGUGAAAAUACCACAGGGGUUUGAUUUUCUUAGUAACUGGUAGAAGCAUAACUUACAAUAACUAAAUAUUGUAUUAAUUAAAUAGUUUUAAAAAAUAUUAAACAAAAAUGGAAACUAAUUCGUGAAACCUUAAGUUCCUAUAUCCUUAAAAUAUCGUUUUAGUUUACUUAAUUUCUUGUAAUCCCAAAUGAAUUUUGAAUAUACAUGCAUACAUCAAAUAAAAA